AUGUCUGCACAAGCUAAGAUUUUAUCUCAAGCUCCAACUGAAUUGGAAUUACAAGUUGCCCAAGCUUUUGUCGAAUUAGAAAAUUCUUCUGCUGACUUAAAAGCUGAAUUAAGACCAUUACAAUUCAAAUCUAUUAGAGAAAUUGACGUUGCUGGUGGUAAGAAAGCUUUAGCCAUCUUCGUUCCAGUCCCAUCUUUAACUGGUUUCCACAAAGUUCAAACAAAAUUAACUCGUGAAUUAGAAAAGAAAUUCCCAGAUAGACAUGUCAUCUUCUUAGCUGAAAGAAGAAUCUUACCAAAGCCAGCUAGAAACGCUAGACAAGCUCAAAAGAGACCAAGAUCUAGAACUUUAUCCGCUGUCCACGACAAAAUCUUGGAAGACAUGGUUUUCCCAACUGAAAUCGUCGGUAAAAGAGUCAGAUACUUAGUCGGUGGUAACAAGAUCCAAAAAGUCUUAUUAGAUUCCAAGGAUGUCCAACAAAUUGACUACAAAUUAGAAUCUUUCCAAGCUGUUUACGCUAAAUUAACUGGUAAGCAAAUUGUUUUCGAAAUUCCUUCCGAAACUCAUUAA